AACCCGUUGAACAUACACGCAAGCACACACAAGCAAGCCGGCUUGAGACUGCCCGCUCGUUUGCGGGUGUCAUCACAUCACAUCACGGCGCUGAUGGUGCCUGUGUCGUCUCUUCGUCGGUCGUGUCGCAUUCACAUCCCCACCACAUGCCUGCAAGUGCAAAGGAAACUGCGUGGCCGCAGGAGCUGGUCCUGCCGGUUGUGCUGCAACACAAGUACGGUCGGCAUCGCUCAUGGAGGCAACGCAUCGCUGCAGCCGUCUUGGAUGCGAUCGCGCUGCACGCGCUGCUGUUGGCCCUGAUGCUGUUGCUGACGCCGCUGAUGCCACUCCAGCGCGGAGGUAGUGAACAGGCAUCAAGCCCCAGCGAUCGCGCGCGCCUGUGGCUGCCCAUGCUUCGGGCUGUUCCUGUGGCCGAGUUCCAUCGCGCUGUGGAUGAGGUUGUCGUGCAUGGGCGCCGGCUCAUGCACUGGGUGUCGGCACAUCCAGUCGGGCUCAAGCUGUGCGUGCCACUUGCCCAGUUCUUCGCAUCAACCUUUGUGUACACGGUACAGCUGUGGACGCAUUUCCUCCACCUCCUCUUGGAUGCGCUUGCGUGGCUGACCACGUUCCCGACAGCGACGUACACGGCGCUGCAUUUGCUCGGCGCCUCUGGGUGCUGUGCAGUAGCUGCCGAUGCCGUCGCGUUUGUCGUGCCCUGGCACGUCGUCUCCUUUUACGGCACGUUCCGCUUCCUCUACUGCUCCCAACUCGCCGUCAUCAAGAGUGUGGCCCUCAUCUUCAUGGGCUGGAAGUACAACCCGCUCCGACAGCGUGUGGAUUCCUGCAGCUUCACGUUUCCAGAACUCAUAUUGGGCACCCUUGUUCUAUCUAUUGCCAUCUUCUGCCUUCCAACCACAGCUGUGUUCUACCUCUGCUUCUGCCUGAUGUUGCUGUGCAUCGCCGUCAUUGAUGGCCUGCUGUCCCACGCUGCUGUUCUGUGCACAGCCGUGCUCCUCUCGCCACCGACUCCCCGCCGCUGGCAGCGCCGCGACUGCUCAGAUGCACCAAUGGCAGGCGUUGGCGCGAACCCGUCACACGGCCACCAUCAACGCCACCAUCAACAAGACCUGCACCGAGACCUGCAACAAGGUCAGCACCAUGACCAGCACCAAUCAGGGGACACACGCCUCUUUUGUAUGCCACAAGCGCACAGCAGCGGUGCAGCGAACAUUGUCAUCACAGACACGCUGGUGCCUCGUCCGCCACAGGUGGUGGUGGGCGCGGUGCGGGCGGUGGUGGCGCUGCUCGCGCAUAUUCUCGCUGGCCGCAUCAUCAAUAUUGCUGCGUUCGCGCCGCGCUGGGGCGCAGACACAACAGAUGACGACAGAUAGCAGAUGGCAGGUGGCACGGUAGCACGGUGGCAGGGUGGCUGGUGGCUCCCUGUGUGUGCAUUAAGUGGUUGCCUCACGAGUCACCGUCUGUUCACACCCAUCUUCUCCUCCCCUCGCAAAUGCAUACACAACAUGUAUGUUGGGCCUGUGUGCGGUGUGCAAAGCGGUGUGUAAUCAAUCGCCUCUACUGUAACCGAUCAAGCAAAGUACAAAACCUAACACAAGC